AUGGCUAAAUUCAUGGUGAGCUCCUUCUUUUCUGCUCUCACUUUGUUCGCAUUUUUCAUAGGAAGCUCCAUGGCCGAGGAGUUUGUGGUCGGCGGGAAGGACGGCUGGCGGCAACCGGCCGCCAACGAGGCCGAAAUGUACGUUCUCUGGGCCGCCGCCUUGAGAUUCCAAGUCGGAGAUUCUCUUCGUUUUCGGUAUAAAAACGACACGGUUGUGGCCGUGGACAAGUGGGGUUACUAUCACUGCAACUCUAGCCACGCGACAGUUGUGUUCAACAACGGGAACACGGUAAUCGAUCUAAAGCUGCCCGGCCCAGUUUAUUUCAUAAGCGGCGACCCAAAUCACUGCAAAAACGGGCAACGAGUGAUGGUUGAUGUGAUGGAUAUUAACCCGGCGGGUCAAACCCAACCCGGAGACGAGUCCCCUGCACCCUCACCCAAUUGCUCUGACUUUGUUGACCCACAAUUGCUCUUUUGUUAUGUGGUCCUUCUUGUUGCUUCUAUUAAUCAUAUAUAG